UGUUAAAGCAGAGUCACGAUGGGAAAGUUAAGGAGUUUCCAGAUAGACCUGGAUAAUCUUCAGGGAUUGUAUUGGGCGGGGCAGACGGUCAGCGGAAGGGCGACAGUGGACCUCGAGUCCGAGAUGAAGAUGAGAGAAAUUAGGUUGAAUUUUGAGGGGAAAGGAUACGUAAGGUGGACAGAGAGCCGUGGGAGUGGUCAGAAUAGGCACACUGUAACCUACAGUGCGACGGAGUACUAUUUCAACAAUGUAAUGUCGGUGUUUGGAAAAGGCCUAAGUGGUGGAGAUGAAUACAGUUUGCCUCCAGGACAACACACAUUUCCUUUCUCAUUUGUAUUGCCUCCAAAUUUACCAUCCUCAUUUGAAGGGAGCACUGGUCACGUUCGAUAUAUCAUUAAAGGUACCAUUGACAGGCCUUGGAGAUUUGACGAUCACACAGUUCGUGCAUUUUCAGUCUUAUGUGCCCUAGAUCUCAACCAACUACCAUUAGCAUCACAAGGGGCUGAGGCAACAGAUUCAAAGAACCUUUGCUGCUUGUGUUGUAAAUCAGGUCCAAUAGUAGGAACGUUAAAAGUAAACCGGAUCGGUUAUGUUCCCGGAGAAUCCAUAUAUUUUGAGGCUAGUGCCCAGAAUAUGACUGGUCGUGAAUGUGGCAUGUCUGCUAACUUGGAAAUGAUAACUACCUUUCAUGCGACGAGGAAAAGCCGACAAGAUCGUAAAGUUAUCAACACCAUUCAAUACCAGAACCUAAAUCCCGGAGAUUCUACCGUUUGGAGUGGAGACAGAUUUAUAAUACCCCCUCUACCACCGUCCUAUCUUGUCAACUGUAAUAUCAUUGAUAUAAGAUAUAUUAUAAAGCUGGUGAUCGAUCCAUCUGGUCCUGCUUUUGACUUGAAUGUUCCAAUUGAGAUUAUUAUUGGAACUGUUCCCCUACAGUCAGCUGUACAGCAAUAUCAACACACGUUAUCCUCGGUCCAGCCAUCGGCACCACCGGCAAUUGCAAUGCCUGCUCCUUCAUACAAUGAGUCUAUUCUGGGACCUACAAAUAUAAAAGAUGAAGGAGAUGGUGAGCAUACACAAGGACAGCUGACCUUUACACCCACGUAUACGUACUAUAACUGGUCCAAGACAACAUAGGCCAACGAAUACAUGUAGCAGGACUAAUUAAAACAAUUACCAGUGUCUCGUGAUAAGGAAUACUCUGAUUGUCUGUUCUCAAUUAAAAUUUUACUUACUUUCCUCACAUCUUACAGCACAAUUUAAUUACUUUUUAAAAUUAAGUCGUUUUAUUCGCACAUUAUAUGCACCAAGAGAGAGUAAGUAUAGGGAGAAAAAAGGUUACUGGCUUAAACAUUUGAAAAACAACA